CGGCUGGACGCUUGUGGAGUUUAACAGACACAUGUUUACAUUUGACAUUUUCACGACAACAAUAUUUUUCGUUUUGAAUUUUAAUGCUUUUUAAAUAUUCAUUAAUUAUUGUUAAAAGAGUUAAAACGUCAAGUACUAACUUUUAACAAACUUGCAGUUAAAUUUAAAAAGUUGAAAUGGGUUUUAAAUGUUGUGUCGAAUCAUGUAAAUCGGUGGCGAACUCUUCAACUGUUCGACUUCAUAGCUUUCCAAAGGAUACGGUGUUAUGUGAAAAGUGGGUUGCAGCAUUACAAAAAAACUAUAAAUUUGAAUUGAAGAAAAGUCAUCGCAUCUGUAGUAAGCAUUUUGAAGAGGAGCAUUUUACUAAAAGUAAUUUUGGUAAUCUUUUACUAAAACCAGGAGCAAUUCCAACAAUAUUUGUUAACGCCCAACAUUCAUUAUUAAAUGAAAAUGUUCCAAAUAUGAUGGAUGAUAUUGGUGAUAUACUUAUUCCGAUCAUUGAAUACAGUUCAGAUUCAGACAACAGUAUUAUAGUUGAAUCUGAAAAUAUAGAUAAUGAAAACCAAAUUUUGUCCACGCCUCAAAAAGAUUCUUCUAAAAAAAAGCACAAAUUAUUUAGAUAUUGUGGUGACUUUAGCGAACAUGAUCUUGAAAUACCUGGCAGAAGAAAACUGUUUUGGAAUGCUUAUCAAAAAUCGUGCCAAGAAAAGAAUAUGCGUAUUCGACAUUUGACCCAAAAAACACGCCGUUUAGAAUCUCAAAUUGAUAACUUAAACAACUUGGUUGAGAAACUACAAAAACAGAACAAAACCAACGCCAUUUGUUCUUGUAUGUUAAAAGUAAAUAUUUAAUUAAUUUGAUACAGAGCGAUGAAUGUAUUGAUUUUACAAUUAUGUUGUUUUAGCCUUUUUGUAAAAUAAAUAACAUUAAUUACAAAUGUAAU